ACGAAAAAGUUUGACUGGUCUCAGCCUAUCCAUGAUCAUGUGACUAACAUGUCUAAUAUGGCGGCAAAGUUGAAAGCUAUGGGAAUGGAUGUUAAUGAGACAUUUCUAGUCCAGUUCAUCAUUAACUCUCUCCCUGUUGAGUUUGGCCAGUUCCAGGUGAAUUAUAACACCAUCAAGGAAAAAUGGAAUUUUCAGGAGUUGAAGGCCAUGCUCAUACAGGAGGAAGGGAGAUUAAAGAAGGUGAAAGAACAUUCUGUCCAUCUUACAGUUCAAACUAAUGCCGGCAGCAAUAAAAGAAAACCAGGGAAGAAUGACAAAAGGAAGGAUAAGGCUCCAACAAAAGAUAAUGUGAGCCGAGUCCGGAAAGAAGUCAAGUGUUUUUUCUGUAAAAAGACUGGACACAUUAAGAAAGAUUGUCAGAAAAGGAAGGAAUGGUUCGAAAGUAAAGGGAUUCAGUAUGAUCCAAACCAUAAAAGGACCUGAACGGCAUGUGGUCAUGGGGAAUAAGAUGAAAG